AAAGGAGUGUCUCUGUUACAUACAACAAAUAUGCUCUUUUGGCUAUUAGCCCUUCUUGUUCUCUGUGGCUUCUUAUGGAAUUAUAAAAGACAAUUUAAAAUUCCAGAUAUUGCUGAGAAGUACAUUUUUAUCACUGGGUGUGAUACAGGCUUUGGAAAUUUGGCAGCCAAAACUCUGGAUAAAAAAGGUUUUCAUGUCCUUGCUGCCUGUCUGACUGAAUCAGGAUCAGCAGCUUUAAAAGCAGAAUCUUCAGAACGGCUUUGCACAGUGCUUUUGGAUGUAACAGACCCUGAGAAUGUCAAGAGGACUGCCCAGUGGGUGAAAAACCAAGUUGGGGAAAAGGGUCUUUGGGGUCUCAUCAACAAUGCUGGCAUUCUCGGAGUGCUGGCUCCCACUGACUGGUUGAUAGUGGACGACUACAGAGAGCCUAUUGAAGUCAACCUCUUUGGCCUUAUCAGUGUGACACUAAAUAUGCUUCCCUUGGUCAAAAAAGCUCAAGGGAGGAUUAUCAAUGUCUCCAGUGUUGGGGGUCGGCUUGCAUUCUGCGGAGGGGGCUACAUUCCAUCAAAAUACGCAGUAGAAGGCUUCAACGACAGUUUAAGAUUGGACAUGAAAGCCUUUGGUGUGCAUGUUUCAUGCAUCGAACCAGGAAUGUUCAAAACAGCACUGUCAGAUCCAGUACUGGCCAUUAGAAAGAAACUUUCCCUCUGGGAACAAUUGUCUCCAGAUAUCAAACAACAGUACGGAGAAGGUUACAUUGCCAAAAGUAUAGACAAACUGAAAGACACUAAAAACUUUGUAAAUCUGGACCUCUCCCUGGUGGUGGAAUGCAUGGAGCAUGCCCUCACAAGUCUCUUCCCUAAAACCCGUUAUGUUGUUGGAAAAGAUGCCAAGGUUUUCUGGAUUCCUCUGUCUCACAUGCCAGCUGUUUUGCAAGAUUUUUUAUUGUUGAAACAUAGAAUAGAAUUGGAUAAUCCCAAAGCAGUGUAA